GCUGCUGCGGACCCACCGGACCCGGACCCUGACCCGGAUCCUGACCCGGAUCCUGACCCGGACCCAGCCGGCCUCCCGGGAGCCAUGCGGGGCCCCAGCACUGCUCUCUGCCUGCUCCUGGCUCUGCGCACCGCGUUCAGCAGCGUGGAGGUGCGCUGGUGUACCACGUCGGAGGCGGAGCAGCAGAAAUGCAGCGACAUGAGUCAAGCGUUCCUGGAGGCCGGCCUCGAGCCGCCGCUCGAGUGCGUGCAGGCCACCUCCGCCGACCACUGCGUCCAGCUCAUCGCGGCCGAGGAGGCCGACGCCAUCACACUGGACGGAGGGGCCAUCUAUGAGGCGGGGAAGGAGCACGGCCUGAAGCCCGUGGUGGGCGAAGUCUAUGACCAAGAAGUGGGCACCUCCUAUUACGCCGUGGCCGUGGUCAAGCGGGGCUCCAACCUGACCCUCAGCACCCUGAAAGGCGCCAGGUCCUGCCACACGGGCAUCAACCGCACGGUGGGCUGGAAUGUGCCCGUGGGCUUCCUCGUGGACAGCGGCCACCUCUCGGUGAUGGGCUGCGACGUGCUCAAAGCGGUCAGCGAGUACUUCGGGGGCAGCUGCGUGCCGGGGGCCGGCGAGAGCGUCUACGCGGGCAGCCUGUGCCGCCUGUGCCGGGGCGACGCGGCGGGGGAGGGCGUGUGCGCCCCGAGCCCGCGGGAGCGCUACUACGACUACAGCGGGGCCUUCCGGUGCCUGGCAGAAGGCGCGGGGGACGUGGCCUUUGUGAAACACAGCACAGUGCUGGAGAACACCGACGGGAAAACGCUGCCAUCGUGGGGCCAGGAGCUGCUCUCUCAGGACUUUGAGCUGCUGUGCCGGGACGGAAGCCGGGCCGAGGUCACCGAGUGGAGGCGCUGCCACCUGGCUCGCGUGCCUGCCCACGCCGUGGUGGUCCGGGCCCACACCGACGGGGGCCUCAUCUUCCAGCUGCUCAAUGAGGGCCAGCGCCUGUUCGGCCGCGAGGGAAGCAGCUUCCAGAUGUUCAGCUCCGAGGCCUACGGCCAGAAGAACCUGCUGUUCAAGGACGCCACCUCGGAGCUGGUGCCCAUCGCCACCCAGACCUACGAGGCGUGGCUGGGCCGAGAGUACGAGCGCGCCAUGAAGGGUCUCCUCUGCGACCCCAACCGGCUGCCCCGAGACCUGCGCUGGUGCGUGCUGUCCACCCCCGAGAUCCAGAAGUGCGGAGACAUGGCCGUGGCCUUCAGCAGGCAGAGGCUCACGCCCGAGAUCCAGUGCGUGUCGGCCGAGUCCCCCCGUCACUGCAUGCAGAAGAUUCAGGCCGGCCAGGUGGACGCAGUGACGCUGAGCGGCGAGGACAUUUAUGCGGCGGGGAAGACCUACGGCCUGGUGCCAGCGGCCGGGGAGCGCUACGCGCCUGAGGACAGCAGCAGCUCGUACUUCGCCGUGGCCGUGGUGAGACGCAACAGCUCCGACGCCUUCAGCCUGGACGAGCUGCGCGGCCGCCGCUCCUGCCACUCGGGCUUCGGCAGCCUGGCGGGCUGGGCCGUCCCGGUGGGCGCCCUGACGCACAAGGGCUUCCUCCGGCCCAAGGACUGCAACGUGCUCACAGCCGUGAGCGACUUCUUCGCCGCCAGCUGUGUGCCCGUGAACAACCCCGCCGCCGACUUCCCCGCCUCCCUGUGCGCGCUGUGCGUGGGCGACGAGCAGGGCCGCAACAAGUGUGCGGGCAGCAGCCAGGAGCGCUACUACGGGGACAGCGGAGCCUUCAGGUGCCUGGUGGAGAACGCGGGGGACGUGGCCUUCGUCAAGCACACGACAGUCUUCGACAACACGGACGGCCACAACCCCGAGCCCUGGGCCUCGAAGCUGCGGUCAGAGGACUAUGAGCUGCUGUGUCCCAAUGGAGCGAGGGCUGAGGUGUUCCAGUUUUCCGCCUGCAACCUGGCCCAGAUUCCGGCCCACGCGGUCAUGGUCCGGCCCGACACCAACAUCUUCACUGUGUACGGCCUGCUGGACAAGGCGCAGGCCCUGUUCGGAGAUGACCACAACGAGAACGGCUUCAGGAUGUUCGACUCCUCCAGCUACCACGGCCGCGACCUGCUCUUCAAGGACACCACGGUACAAGUGGUGCCCGUGGGGGAGAAAAACACGUACGAAGACUGGCUGGGUCAAGACUACAUAGAUGCCUUGGAAGGGAUGCUCUCUCAACAGUGCUCUGGUGCAGCCGUCACUGCCUCGGGGGUCUCCCUGCUCCUGCUGCUCCCGCUGGCCCUCUCGGCCCACCUCCUCCAGCCCUGCCUCUGAGGCGCAGGGGCAGGAGCCCCCCUCAGAGAUCUCUGCAGUGAAUCCCCGAGAGGCUGCGUGGAGACAAAGGAGGGUGGGGGGGAAGCGUCUGAGCCUUGACUCCAGCCCCACGCUUCCUGCCCUGCUGCAAACUGGAAGCACGAUGAUGAAUGUCCGAGUCCCCCUCGCCCCCCCCUUGGCCCCGAGCAGCCUCUCCCCCCCCCCCCCCGCAACUGUGACGCCAGCCUCAGCCUCCUGGGCACCACCUGUCCCUGUAGCUACCUGAGGUGCGGGGCUGGCAGCUGCCCAGUCACACCCACCCACCGGCGGGCACAGCCGCUUCCCUGCGGAGCUGUGGCCCCACCCCCACCCCCCACAUGGAGUCUUCCCAGGCUGGGGUUCAAAAAAGGCCAGUUACCAAGGCUUCCCACAGGGGUCUCUCUGCCCUGGCUGGCCCUGCCACACCGCUGCCCUCAAGAGGGGCUGGGGAGGGGGCAGAGUCUGCCUCACCCCUACCCCAGCUCCCACACCCCCUGCGCGGCACAGACCCCCUCCCCCCAGCUCCCAGCACCUCUGUGCUUUGGACCCACCUUCCAGCCUUCCUCUGGGGGACCUGCCUGUCCCCCCAGCACCCACCAGCUCCCCAGGCUGCUCUCAGCCCUGAAUUCCAUGGCCUGGCUUGGCCCAGAGCACUGGACGUGGGAUUGGGCUGGGCUGUGGGGGCACGAGGCCAGCCUUCCUCGGGCCAAGGGCUCCCCAGUGAGAACGUUCAUCAGGCUGGGGGGCCAGGGCUGGGGUGCUGACUGCCAGGCUGGGGGCUAACUCUUUCCCCAACUCUGAUCUGUUGCCAAGAGGGCCCGCCCGGCGGGGCCGGGAUGUGCCCCUGAGAAGGCCGUAGCUCCAGCAGCCGGGACCCCCGCUCCGAGCCGCGCCCUCUGGAGCCCCCCUCAGAGCUCGCCCUUCCCCACCGCAGUGCAGUGCGGCCACACCUGUAUCAGCAGGGCCCCCCUAUCCCCACACCUCGGGGCUUAGCCCUGGGGCUGGAUGGGGUGGGGCUGGGGAGUCAGGGCAGGCAGCAGGAGGCCUGCGGGGGAGCCAGACUGGGGGGCCAUCCAGGGGGAUGGGGGGGUGUCUCCUUCCCCAGCACUCACAGACUGAGCCCCAGGACCUCGCCCGAGCAAGAGUCCUCUGGUCUGAGCCCGGGGACAGUCCCCAGCAAGGGCCAGAAACAGCUUCCGGAAGUGGCCGCUCUGGCUCUGAAUGUGCCUCUGAAGAAGAAAGAGAAGAAAACAGGAGCCCCCCCGCGCCCCCCACCGCCAUCAGCAGCCCGGGAGCCGCGUGGGCCCGAGCUAUUUGCAGCCCAGUCUGCGGGGGCCUUGGGGACACGAUGACAGGCCGGUUCCCAGUGCUGCGCCCCCACCUGUGGGCGAAAGGCCGGAUCCCGCCCUCCAGGCGCCGUGCUGCUGCAGCGUCCUCGGGCCAGAGGCCCGGCCUGGGGGCGUCGCGGGAGGGGCUGCUCUCGGCGGCAGGGGGAGGAGCCGGUGAUUGUCUCCACGUCCUCUGAUGAGUUCUAAGAGAGAAUUACGCAGAGUGAAAUGUACUACUACAGGGUGGUCCCCGGGCCAGCCUGCCGGGUCUGCAGAGCCCCCCGAGCUGUGACCUGCCUUUGUCCGCACAGGGGGCUGAAGCCAGGUGCCUUUGUUUCUCUGAAUAA